AUGGCGACGACGGCGGACGAUCGGUUCUCCACCCCGCGGCGGGCGCGUGGGGCGACGCGCGACCGCGAGGUGAAAUCACCGCGACGUGACCGCGGUGGCGUCAACGGCUCGAGUGGGAAAAUCUCUGACGAUAGCGCGGCGCCGAUGUUCGCGACCGCGGGGGAGGACGAGGGGGAGGACGACGACCCGUUCAUCGCGCAGUUGAGCCAAAUCGCGCACGAGCCGCUGUGGGUGCACGUGGGGGGGGAAGAGGGGGGGGGGACGGCGACGGCGUCGCGCGGACGACGCGCGCGGGGGAAGACGUUCAACGACCCGGUGCACGGACACAUGUACUUUAAUCCGAAACUGUGCGACGUGAUCGAUACGGCGCAGAUGCAACGGUUGCGGGAGCUGAAGCAGUUGGGGACGUCGUAUUACGUGUUUCCGGGGGCGGCGCAUAAUAGGUUCGAGCACUCGCUCGGGACGUGUCACCUGGCGAAUACGGUGUUCGAGUCCAUCAAGAGGAGCGCGCCGGUGGGGCGGUCUUUAGGGCUCAACGCCGAGGAUAAACUUUGCGUACAACUCGCGGGGUUGUGUCACGACGUCGGGCACGGGCCGUUCUCGCACGUGUUCGAUAACGAGUUUUUGCCGUUGCGGCACGGAUGGGAUCCAAAGGAGCCGGCGCCGUGGAAUCACGAGCAUAAUCACAUCGAUCUAGAGCCACACAUCGUGCGUAGGGUGUGCGAUUUCAUCACUAGCAACGAGGAGGGGACGAAGGAGAAGCGGUAUCUGUUUGACAUUAUCGCGAACAAGCGAAACGGCAUCGACGUCGACAAGUUUGAGUAUUUGCUGCGCGACGCCUACCAAGCGGGCGUGCGCAUGAGCGUGGACACGAUGCGGUUAACGUCGCACAUGAAAGUGAUCGACGAUAGGAUAUGCUUCAAAUCUAGCGAGGCGAACAAUGUGUACGCGCUGUUUCACUCGCGGGCACGGAUGCACGAAAGCGUGUACACGCACAAGAAGGCAAAGGCGGUGGAGUACAUGGUCGUCGACGCCCUGGUCGAGGCCGACGCGGCGUGGAACGGACGAAUUAGCAACUCAAUCUGGGACGUCAACGAAUUCAUCAAGAUGGACGACACGCUUCUGAAACAGAUUGAGUUUAGUGAAGAUCCGGCGCUCGGUCGGGCGCGUGACAUUGUUCGCCGACUUCGCCGUCGCGAGCUCUAUCGUUUCGUCAACGAGUACACGGUACCGGAGGAGCGAGUCGUGGACUUUAGGCCCGUCACCGCGGAGGACAUCACUUCGUGUCAGGGCACGAACAGGAUUCCGGGCGGUUUGAAACCGCAAGAUGUCAUCGUACAGUCGCUCAAAAUCGACUACGGAAAGAAGCACCUCGAUCCAGUCGAGAAUGGCGUCCGCUUCUUCCACUACUGGGACGACGAUACCUCGGUGAGCAUCUCGAAGGACAAAAUCAGCUCGCUCCUUCCUAGAACCUUCGUCCAGCGCAUCGUGCGCGUCUUCAGUCGACGCAGAGAACCGGAGUACAUCGAGGCCAUCGCGCUCGCCUUCUCCAACUUCCAGCGCCGACAACUCGGCGAGGAGGCGCAAAUCACCCCGAUGAAACGUCAACGCACCCGCUCACCCGACUCGCACGCCACGCGUUAA